UUAGUUUAGGUUGAGUCUCAACGUGGCGCUAUUGCGAUGUUUAAGGUGGUUGCACUAAUAUUAACGAAUGUAAAGAUAUUUUAAAUGAUGUUAAACCGGAUAUUUUUAUAAUAAUGUUAUCCAGUCUGUGGCCAGUUACCGUUAGUGGUAGUCGAGACACAGACGUACGCUGUACAGCAAUACUGAUUCUAGAACAGUCUGCUUUGUGCUCUCGCUGUACUUUGACGUCAUACGCCGUUCAGUCUGCGCAGCGCUGUAUGCAUGUUAUGUAUAUUCAGUCUAUCCGUCGUACGUGUCCUUGUCGACGUCAAACGAAACCCUCGUCGUAAUCGACCUUUUUCCAAAGUCUGGAAAAAGCAGUUUACAUUAACAACUUCGAGAUAAAAUUCGACUAUCGGACUAUCACGUGGGUUUGUUGUGUGUGUUACUGAAGCGCCAUUUGGAAGGCAUCGUAAGUUCACUGACUACGUAAUAGAUGAGACUGUUACUCGCGAAAAGAAGUCGAAUUUGUUCAUCCAGCUUCGUACUUAAACUCGUAAACUAUCUUUAUGGAUUAUGAAAAUACUUAAUGCAGUGUAAAAACUGCAAAUUCAGCAGUUCGAGUGAAGACGUCCUUCUAAAGCACUAUCGGCUGCAUCACCCAAGCAUUUCCAGCUGGCCUUGUAUUCAUACUGGGUGUGUUUGUGUCUUCAGGACAGCAGGCUUAGAGACCGAGUCCUUGUGACCCUGAGGAUAUACCUGCACCAUUAAACUUGCCUGAUGGCUUUACUACUGCGAGUUGUCAUUUCUACAACUGAUGCCCGGCGACUUCAGCUUUUUGAAGUGCCACAGUCUGUGGAGUCCCUUAUUAGUAUUCUGAAGGAGAAACUGCAGUUACAAGGCCAGUUCGUCUUGCAGUUUCAGGACCCUGAUUUUGGGAAUGCCCUUUGCAGCCUGACUGACAUCUCGGAACUGCCAAGUGACAAAGCAGUCUUGCAUAUUCAGUGGUGCAAUUCAUCAUUGUCCGAACCCAGCCUUUCUGUGUCAUCUCUUGAUACUGCUAGUGUUGAUGACUCUGAUGGAUCCUUUACCAGCUCCACACCCUCUGUACAAAGGUAUUUGCGCACAGCCUCAGAAUGGCCACUGCCAUUCCCCAUCCCACCCCUGUCAUUUGAUGUCGAGCUAAAACUACGACGAGGGAAUGAGACAUAUGCAGAAACACAGACAGGCAUUGAUGUGACCAGAGACAUAAAGAUGGAGAUUCUUGAUAAAAUAGUUCAGGCUGUUUUUGACAUAAAGGCAUAUCCCAACAAUCAAGAAAUUGAGUCCAUUGCAUCUGCACUGAUUUCCAAGUAUCCAUGCCUUAAGGAGCCUGGCAAAGGUAAGGGCUAUGAAGGAUGGUUGAUCAGCCUAAAGAACAAGCUAAACAAUUACCGUUCAAAAUUGAGAGCAGCAGGCUGCAAUGAAGUUAGUGUGAACAAGAAGCGUAAGGAUGUUGAACAUGGACAUGGUUUCACCAUGAAAAAAGCAAAGCGUGGAGAAGUGAAUUUUGUCCCGGAACAUCCAUGCAACCAUACUGACGCUUCACUUGAAGAACAAAGACUUUUAUUGAUCGAUGAAACCAAAAAGGCAAGAAGCAACAUGGUGGUCAUAAGUGAAAAAAUGGAAUUAACUUUUUCCCUGAGGAGAAAAGAAGUGGUAGAAGAUCAACCAAUGGUUGUAGACGUGCAACAGAGGUGGCCUGCACUUUUUCUCCAGGAACAGAUUGCUGAGGAAUUCUUCAGAAUCACGAAUAAAGACCUUCUUGACGUCUUCAGGGCAGCAACAGACAGAUUUACACCUAAGCUCUUGAAAGUAUACAGAGCUCGAAAAGCUGCAUUUGGAGAGGAUAUGGAACAGCUCCUAGAAAGACUUGAUGAAAGGAUGACAGAUAUUGGUAAUCACAGAAGGACUACUGCUUUGAAAGGCCUGCCUUUGUUUCUUCGAGAGGACCCAAACAAGCUGUUCAAGACAUGCAAAGACACCGAAGAUGGGGCAAAAGGAGUGUCUAUUGCCAUUCUGUGUGUUUUGGAAGAUGACACCCAGGCGUCAUCACCCGAGGUGGUAAACAUUGCUGUGGUGUUGGAGCAGGUCGUCGUUUUGAAAGAUCUCCCAGAUAUUUCUACUGCUCUUGCAUACCUUUUUGGCCUUCUGUAUGCAUUAAACAUGUCCUAUCCUCAAGCUCUUAAGUACACUUUUGACACCAUUCAGAAUGUUUUCAUGGAGCUGGGAUCUGGAUGCACCAAACGUGUGCUUUCUCUGAAGAACAAACUGUUGUAAAGAAAAUCAGAACAGUGUUUUGGCAUCCUUUUUGAUGUUCAUUUGUUACAAGACACUUUGAUACAAGGUCUGUUUUUUUUUUUUUUUUUUUUUGCAUCUCUAUUUCUUGUUACAGGUGUCAAACUUUUCCAAAAGCACCAAUUGUGUGCUUUCUCUGAAGAACAAACUGUUGUAAAGAAAACCAGAACAGUGUUUUGGGAUCCUUUGUGGCAUUCAUUUGUUACAAGACCUAAAGUGCGCUUGGAUACAAGAUCUGCAGUUUUGUUUUUUUGCAUCUCUAUUUCUUGUUACAGAUGUCAAACUGUUCCAAAUGCACCAAACGUGUGCUUUCUAUGAAGAACAAACUGUUAUAAAGAAAAUCAGAACAGUGUUUUGGGAUCCUUUUUGAUGUUCAUUUGUUACAAGACCUAAAGUGCGCUUGCCUGGAUACAAGGUCUGCGUUUUUUUUCAUCUCUAUUUCUUGUUACAGAUGUCAAACUGUUCCAAAUGAACCAAACGUGUGCUUUCUCUGAAGAACAAACUGUUGUAAAGAAAAUCAGAACAGUGUUUUGGGAUCCUUUUUGAUGUAUCCAAGCGCACUUUAGGUCUUGUAACAAAUGAACAAGGUAUGUUUUUUGUUUUUUUGCACCUCUAUUUCUUGAUACAGGUGUCAAACUGUUCCAAAUGCACCAAUUGUGUGCUUUCUCUGAAGAACAAACUGUUGUAAAAAAAUCAGAACAGUGUUUUGGGAUCCUUUGUGGCAUUCAUUUGUUACAAGACCUAAAGUGCAACUUGGAUACAAUGUGAUUCUUUUGGUUGGCAUCUUUUUCUUGUCGUCAGAUGUCAGACUGUUCUUAAUGUGUUUUAUAAUUGUAAUUUUGUAUUACAGCAUACCAUACCAGGUUAGUGGUUGCAGUAAGCAUGUCUGUUCUUAUAUAAGGAUGUUUAAAAUUGAAAUUGAUAAAGGGAUAGUUCAUCAAAAAGUGAAAAUUGUCACAUUUUGUCACUCUUAUUUUCUUACAAACCUCUAUAAAUGGCCAAGUUCCGAGGAACAUGAAGAAGAAUGCUUUGAGGAAUGUUUGUAACCAAACGUUCAUGUGCCCCAUUCACUUUUAUAGUAGGAAAAAGAAUACUAAAGAAAUGAAUGAGGUUCAUGAUCUGUUUGGUUACAAACAUUCUUCAAAAUAUCUUAUGUUCAUCAGAACAAAUACAUUUAUACAGGUUUGUAACAUCAUGGGAGUAAGAAAAUGACACAAUUUUCAAUUUUGGGUGAACUAUCCUUUUAAAUAAAACUGUACAAGUGUUUUAAAUGUUGGUUUAAAUGUGGUAAUUUGAAAGGUUUUAGAUUACGGAACAUGUCAAGAUAUUAAAAACAUUUUAUUGUUGGAUACAAAGAAAAAUCCUAAAUUGAUACAGUACCAACAAGUUUUAUGCUGUUUUUGUGUACAGUUGAGUGAUUUUAUGAGAAAUUGUAUUGCACUGAUUUUUGUUGCUGUUAAAAAUGGUCUGUAUGCUUAUUGUAUGCAAAGUUUAAGUUCCUACUGAAGAUCUUUGUGCAGCUGCUGUGUCACAACUUUAAAGAAAAGUUAAAUAUUGUGAACAGAGUUUGGGCUUUUGUAGCAUCUUAUUUCUAAUUGAAAUAAAUGAUGAUGAUAAGUAAAUGGUUUAUGUCUUUAUUUUGCCAAUUGAAAACUUUUCAUCCACAAAACAUAAAAAAGCUAAUUAACUGAACAACAGCAAUUGUGGUGACACAAAUAUCAUUAUUAGGAAAAUUAAAAAAUCUGAAUUGCGUAAACAAGCAAGUGUUAGUUGGCUAACAUGCAUAAUAAUUUGGCUAAUUGAAAAUUCUUCAUCCACAGAACAUAAAAAAGCAAAUUAACUGAACAAUAGCAAUUGGUGUAAAACAAAUAUCUUAAUUAGGAAAAUUUGAAAAUCAGAAUUGCAAAAACAAGCAAGUGUAAGUUGGCUGAACAUCGUAUUAUUACUAUGUGUAAUUAUUAAAAAUACAUUGAGACAAUACAAAAGUCUUAAUGCAUCAGGUUGACUGACUUUUUUACGUUUUCGCAGCAAUUUUUUUUUUAC